AAUAUCUCAAGGUAAGUAAAAAAAAGUUCUUCAAAGAGCAGCAUUGGUGUUUGGAUCAUUAGAAGGUAAGUAAGGAAUCUGUUUCUGUUUUUCAAGAAAGUUCCUUGUAACUUCUUUUGGUUUUGGACCUUGCUUUCUCUCUAACUAUAUAAAUUCAUCUCCUACGUUCACUCCAUCAAUGGUUCAAACCCAUCUGAUAUCCUCUACUCAAGAACUUCCCAACUUAAUUACUUUUAUUGGCAAGUGGUAAUACACAAAAGUUAAUGGGGGUUGGAGAUUAUUUGUCUGAUUUAAUUGGAAGUGGCAAUGGAAACCACCAACACAAGAACAAGAACAAGAAGCAAUUACAGACCGUAGAGCUGAAGGUGAUGAUGGAUUGUGACGGCUGUGUGCUCAAGGUUAAGAAAGCUCUCUCUUCAUUAGAUGGAGUAAAAUCGGUGGAGAUAAACAGGAAGCAGCAGAAAGUGACAGUAACCGGUUAUGUGGAACCAAACAAGGUCUUAAAGAAGGCCAAGUCAACAGGGAAGAAGGCUGAGAUUUGGCCUUACGUGCCAUUCAACAUGGUGGCUAAUCCAUAUGCUGUUCAAGCUUAUGACAAGAAAGCUCCUCCGGGAUAUGUGAGGAGAGUGGACAACUCUUCUGUCACCAUUGGAACAGUGACAACAGCAUAUGCAGAUCCAUACACCACCAUGUUCAGUGAUGAAAACCCAAAUGCAUGUUCUAUCAUGUAGACACUGGACUAGACAGAAGAUUAUUAUGAGACAAAUAAAUUAAAAGUAGUGGUGUUUUACUGUUUUUCGCACGGCACUGUAAAUUUUCAAGUUUUAAAUAUAUAUAGUUUGCUUUAUUUUAAGGUAUUUUUGUUUUGGUAUAGCGUGUAGUAAUGUGAAGAGACGUGCUUGUUUGUGAUCCUUUUCCUAAACUUUGCUUCAAUAAUGGUCCUGACCUGACUCCUGAACCGUAAUGUGUGGUAGUUUUGUAGUGUGUAGUCUUGACGAUUGGAACCUGAAAUUGGGUUUGGUUGUUACUUGUUUAGGGAGGCAACCUUUGAUUUGAUGA